CACAUUCUUCACACUAAAGCAGAGAGUCGUGUUGAAUAAGAUACGAUGCUUAUCUCCGGUGUUGCUCUGUUCUACAUCGCAUCCUGUUUGGCUCAAAAUGCCUUAGGUAACCCGUACCUUAAUUUUCUCAAUCAAAACUCUGGCGAGAUUCUGGGACGACGCAACUCACUGAGAUCAUCGGUCUAUAACCCGUUUUCGCAAAACGCCCUUUCCAGACAACAGGAUUCGGGUGAGAUUUCAGGCUUCAACUUCGGACGGACGGUGCGUUCUCCAUUUUCAUCCCUGCGCUCUUCCUGGCGCCGUCAAUCUGAUUCUGGAGAGUUAAGAACUCGUCGACAUUGGCGUCCUUCUUACCUUGGUAAUGUUAUCAGAAGAUCAAACCCUAACAACUCUGGAGAGAGAGGAACAUCGUGGGCAAGUCUAUAUGGUUCCUUACGCAGGAGGGUAAAUCGAUUGGACUCAGGUGAGAGAUUCGGAAUCAAUAGAGCUUACAGGAAUUUUUACAGACGAGCACGAGAUAAUUCUGGAGAACGCUUUGGAGUAGGAAGAUUCAAUCGAGUACGAGAUAAUUCUGGAGAACGCUUUGGAGUACGUAGAUUCAAUCGAGUACGAGAUAAUUCUGGAGAACGCUUUGGAGUACGUAGAUUCAAUCGAGUACGAGAUAAUUCUGGAGAACGCUUUGGAGUAGGUAGAUUCAAUCGAGUACGAGAUAAUUCUGGAGAACGAUUUGGAGUACGUAGAAUCAGGAAUUUUCGUUUUGGACGACGAUGGAACGACUCGGGCGAACAACGAAACAGACUUUCGUCUUUCGGGGCUCGCAAUUUUCGAAGAUUCCGGUUAGAUUCCGGUGAAAAAUUCGGUGGACGCAUGUUAAAUGUUAGGCGUAGGUUUUCUUUCAGAGACAAUUCAGGGGAAAGAACACGAUUCGGAGGACUUAGAACCAGGCGCUUACGUCGAAUAAAUUUUCGACCCUUUACAGAUAAUUCGGACGAAAGAAGGGGCUUGGUCACUAGAAAUUUCCGGUCUGUUGUAAGACGAAUGCGAUCCCCGUUUUCAUUUCAAAGAAGACGCCUCAACAACAACUCAGGAGAAAGACUAUCGUUAUUUAACAAUAACUGGAAUACACUUAGGUGGUAGAUUCUAACUUAGCUGCAAAUAGGGAAUAACCCUCAAACAAAUCUGGUGAUUGUCAAGUGAAUGCUUUAUGAAGAAAAUAGAAUUUCAA